AUGAGGAUGGCGGCAGCUAUGCUAAAACUUCUCAAAUCAGAAUCUCAUUUAAUUCUACGUAAGAAUUAUAGCAGCUCGGCCCCGGCAACAAAACUCUUUAUUGAUGGGCAGUUUACUGAUUCAAAAACACAAAAAUGGAUUGAACUAACUAAUCCAGCUACAAAUGAAGUUAUUGGAAGAGUACCAGAAACCACACCAGCAGAACUAAAUACAGCCCUUGAAGCUGCUAAAAAAGCAUACAAAUCAUGGAGCCAAAGCACUAUUAUGACUCGCCAGCAACUUAUGUUCAAAUUUGCGCGUUUACUGAGAGAAAACCACAGCAGGUUAGCAGCAAAAAUAACAGAAGAGCAAGGAAAAACAAUAGCCGAUGCAGAAGGAGAUGUGCUAAGAGGGAUUCAACUGGUAGAACAUUGCUGUAGUAUCACAAGUUUGCAACUUGGCGAUUGCAUUCAAAACAUCGCCAAAGAUAUGGACACGCACAGCUACAAAGUACCCCUUGGAGUUGUUGGAGGUGUAGCAGCAUUCAACUUUCCAGUAAUGAUCCCACUAUGGAUGUUUCCACCAGCCAUAGUAACUGGGAACACAUGUCUGAUCAAACCUUCGGAACAGGACCCCGGGGCGACUCUGAUGAUGAUGGAGCUGCUCCAGGAGGCUGGCGCACCCGCUGGAAUUGUUAAUGUAGUCCACGGAACUCACGACACUGUUAAUUUCUUCUGUGACCAUCCAGAUAUUAAGGCCGUCUCGUUUGUAGGUGGAGAUGCGGCUGGAAAACAUAUAUAUACUAGAGCUUCUGCGGCAGGUAAAAGAGUUCAAAGCAAUAUGGGUGCUAAAAACCACGGGGUGAUCCUACCCGAUGCUAACAAGGAGCACACCCUCAACCAGCUAGCCGGAGCUGCAUUCGGGGCUGCCGGCCAGCGCUGCAUGGCUCUCAGUACUGCGGUGUUUGUGGGUGAAGCAAAAGAGUGGAUACCAGACUUGAUAAAGCGAGCACAAACCCUCAAAGUUAAUGCAGGCCAUGUACCCGGAACUGAUGUGGGUCCAGUUAUCUCAAUCAAAGCUAAAGAAAGGAUUCAUAGGCUGGUUGAAUCAGGUGUUAAGGAAGGCGCAAAGCUAGUGCUCGAUGGAAGAGGUAUAAAAGUACAAGGUUUUGAAAAAGGAAAUUUCAUUGCACCAACGAUCCUUACUGAUGUAAAACCCAACAUGGAGUGCUAUAAAGAAGAAAUCUUUGGACCUGUACUAGUUUGUCUGUUUGUUGACACUUUAGAUGAGGCAAUUCAAAUGAUUAAUUCAAAUCCCUAUGGUAACGGUACAGCUAUAUUCACAACAAAUGGUGCAGCUGCACGGAAAUUCUCUUCCGAGAUUGAUGUUGGGCAAGUAGGAGUCAAUGUACCAAUUCCAGUACCGUUAUCAAUGUUCUCUUUCACCGGCACAAGGGGAAGCUUCUUAGGAACCAACCACUUCUGUGGAAAACAAGGUUUAGAUUUCUACACAGAAUUAAAAACUGUUGUAUCUUUUUGGAGACAGAGUGAUGUAUCACACACAAAAGCCUCGGUAUCUAUGCCAACUCAACAG